AUGGAAGACGAAGCUCGUAUGAGCUGGCUUAGUGGCCGGCCGCAGCGAGUUCUCAACUUGCGCCGGCCCGCAGAACUCGCGUCAACAAAUCUGGAGUAUUACGCGCAAUGGAGCGUCAUGGACGACCAGAUCAUGUUGACUUUACCGUCGGCAAACAGCGUUACAUCUCCAUCUCUAAUAUUUAUAGCCGACAUCAACGCCAACUUGGGAACAGAAGACGACGUAGUAGAGUUUAAACGGAUCGUGGAGUUGCCAUACCAUGCCACAAGCUCAAAGCUACUAGGCAACCAAGCGGGGUUUGUCACUGCAGAAUUCAGAAAAGGGGAGAGUAAAUUAAUACUGCGCACUUACGACCCGGCUGGCGGCGUCGAUAAAGAAAAGAUAUUGUCUGCAGAGGCUACCAAUGGAGAGAUUGCCCUUCACGGUUCAUCUAUUGCUAUCUGCGUAUACGAUGGUUCAGAAGACUCGUUUGGGAAUUGCCUUGGCAAAUCAAACCAGAUUGCAAUCUGGGAUACCGAAUUCGGAGACCUGUCAAGAAUAGACAUACCUCAAGAUGAGCGCGCGCCUCAGUGUCACCGGGGAAAUUUUCAAUUCGCUACAUCUUCGCAUAUUGCUCUCGGUGGCCACCUUGAUCCGUCGCAUGACAAACCAUAUUCUCUCCUAAGAUCAAUCCCAAUUACAUACUCAGAGCAGAACAAGAGCCGAUUAUUCCAUCAACAUGAGAACUUCGAGUAUGGAAAUAACCAUGAUGCAAUAGCAAUUCCAGGAAGCUCUGCCCACAAUGAUGUUGUUGUUCAUCAUCACCAGCACGGGAGUCGUUUCACAGUUGCAGACGUGGGUUUACUCACUGGCCAAAUCCCGUCCGAGGCGCAACCGACGCCCGGGUAUUUCAUGGACAAAAAUCUUUUCAAAGAUCUCUUUCAUGUGUUUUCUGACAAGGUCAACGCACGAACGCUGUACGGCGAGUUAUUCGAUCGACUCCCAAGCCUAGUCGGGAACAAAUUACUCGUGCGGGAACACAUCGAGGAAUAUGAACACGAUGAAGACAACUACCGUGGAUACCACGCUCCGCACACUUCAUUUGGAACGUUUCAAGUUCUCUACCUCUACGAUUUUGACCAAGAUCGAUGUAAAGCUCUGCGUCAACUUUCACCUGGCUCCGAACGCCAGGAUCUCGAGACACGUCUAAAAGAGCGAAACCCUAACGCCAGCGUCGUUGUUAUGUCUCGCAUGUUUUACACCUCUAUUGAAGAGGAAGAGGAUACGGAAAAAGAUACAUCCCCGGAGUGGAAAGCGCACAUGAGAAAAAUAUGGGAGACGAAAUGGGCACGGGAAAAGGGAGAGGCCAAGUUUCCAACCCUCGAGUUUGAUGAUCCGCCAGAAGGUUGUGACGAUCCUCGCAUGUUAUACACGCGCAGCAUGAUUUGUCUUCCGAAAAUAAGGGACGGCGAAGCGUUUGCGAUGACAACUUCGGCGAUAAUAGAGCUCCCCACGGCCAAGGCAGACGGAUAUGUGCACUACUUUGGCGCCGAAUAA